AAGAAACAGGAAGCUUCACAGGAGGAGAAAGACUAAAACUACUGGAAACAGAGAGAGCCAGUGAGGAACAGCACGCAGGGAGUAAACUGGAAAAGGAGUCAUAGACUAACGGCAAGAAAAUGCUAAGAGAAGAGAGAGAGAAGAGAAGGACACACUGCUGAAAAAGAGAGUGAGGGCAAAAUUGAAUUGUAGAUUGAGGGAGCCUCUCUCCUCCCUCGUUCCCUCCCUCUUUUAUUUAUCUCGUGUGAAACCACGCCUCCCUCCUUUCACUUGUCAGUGCAUCUAUAACAGUGAGCUGUCUGCACCGGGCUGCGUGGGGGGUGAAACGAGCUCCUUACUCUGCCAACACAAGGGACCAGAUCUGAACGGACCGGACAGGACUGGAUGGUACUGGACUGCCCAGAACAGGUUGAGUGAAGGAGCUGCAGGCUCCUGUGUGAGAAACGAAGGACUGAGAAGGUGACUGCAGAGUAGCGUGAUGGUAGGACGGGGGCUCUCUGCCCCACUCCCCCUUCUCCUUCUUCUUAUCCUGGUGGGAAUCCUGCAUGUGGCCCAGGGAUCUGGCUACCUUUCUGGAUAUCGCCUCAGGUCCCGCCUACAGAGGGAUCGCCACAUGCGCAAUGUCCGACCCAACAUAAUCCUCAUCCUCACUGAUGACCAGGACAUAGAACUGGGUUCAAUGCAGGCCAUGAACAAAACUCGGCACAUCAUGGAGAAGGGCGGCACGCAUUUCUCCAACGCGUUCUCCACCACGCCCAUGUGCUGCCCAUCCCGCUCCUCCAUCCUGACAGGGAAGUAUGUGCACAACCACCACACCUACACUAACAAUGAAAACUGCUCAUCACCCUCGUGGCAGGCCCACCACGAGCCGCACACCUUUGCCGUGCAUCUUAACAACUCUGGCUACAGGACAGCUUUCUUUGGGAAGUAUCUCAAUGAGUACAACGGCUCCUAUGUGCCCCCUGGCUGGAAGGAAUGGGUAGCACUGGUGAAGAACUCACGGUUCUACAACUACACCCUCUGCAGGAAUGGAGUACGAGAGAAACACAGCAGUGACUACUCAAAGGAUUACCUGACAGACAUCAUUACCAACGACAGCAUCAACUACUUCCGCAUGUCUAAGAGGAUGUACCCUCACCGUCCUGUCAUGAUGGUCCUGAGCCACGUUGCUCCACAUGGACCAGAGGACUCAGCCCCACAGUACAGCUCCGCCUUCCCAAACGCUUCACAGCACAUAACCCCCAGCUACAACUAUGCCCCUAACCUAGACAAACACUGGAUCCUACGCUACACAGGGCCAAUGAAGCCUGUCCACAUGCAGUUCACCAACAUGCUGCAGCGCAGGAGGAUGCAGACCCUGCUGUCUGUGGAUGACAGUAUGGAGAAGUUGUACAACAUGUUGUUGGAGACUGGGGAAUUGGACAACACCUACCUCAUUUACACCUCAGACCACGGCUACCACAUCGGCCAGUUUGGUUUGGUCAAGGGCAAAUCAAUGCCUUAUGAGUUUGAUAUCCGUGUUCCCUUCUAUGUACGAGGACCAAAUGUGGAACAAGGUGCAACUAAUCCCCAUAUAGUGUUAAAUGUCGAUUUGGCGCCGACUCUGCUGGACAUGGCCGGUGUUGAUAUCCCUGCAGAAAUGGACGGCAAAUCUAUCCUUAAGCUGCUGGACACAGACAGGCCAGUCAAUAGGUUCCAGUUGAACAGGAAGGGUAAAACAUGGAGAGACUCUUUCCUGGUUGAGAGAGGGAAGCCUCCGCACAAGAGAGCUGAUGGGAAGGAAAUGGCUCAGGAGGAGAACUUCCUGCCAAAAUACCAGCGGGUGAAGGACCUAUGCCAGAAAGCAGAGUACCAGACCUCCUGUCAGCAGCCAGGACAGAAGUGGCAGUGUGUUGAGGACCCAUCUGGCAAGCUGAGGCUGUAUAAGUGCAAGGGCAUGGCAAGUCUCUAUGCCCCACGUAUGCAGGCUCUGAUGGCCAGCGGUGCCUCUCAGCUGUCUCCCACAUCCAACUCAGACAUUUGUAACUGCGGGGACGUGGGCUUCAAAACAACAUUCCUGAAAAGGAAGAGGCUGCUCACCAAGAAGAGUUCUCCUGUCUCAUCUUAUUCAGAGAUUAAACCCAGCAAGAGCGUCUCAAGGAAGCGCUGGGCCCGCUCUGUAUCAUUCGAGCUGGACGGAGACCUGUAUGCAGUAGACCUGGAGGAGGGCUACCGGCCGCUGGGCUCCAGUAACAGCAGCUGGGCCAGAGACAGAAGGAGAGGAGCUGGGAUUGAGGAGGACAGUGAAGAGUUCAGUGGCAUGGGGUUCACAGCCAGACCUACCACCAGCAAUAAACUCACACCACCUGCUGCUCUUAAAGUCACCUACAGGUGCUCUAUUCUUAUGAAUGACACAGUAAAAUGUGAUGGAGGCCUCUAUAAAUCUCUUCAAGCAUGGAAAGACCACAAACUUCACAUUGAGCACGAGAUUGAAACCUUGCAGACCAAAAUCAAGAACCUCCGUGAGGUCAAAGGUCACCUGAAGAAAGUGCGACCAGAAGAAUGUCAGUGUGACCCUCCCAGCAGUUAUCUCCUCAAGAAUAAAGAAGCUUUCAGGCUCAACGCAGGGCGCAUGCACUCACUGAGCAUGCCGUCAAAGCAAAAGAAUCAAUGGCUACAGAAGGAGCAAAAGCGCAGGAAGAAACUCCGUAAAUUCCUCAAGAGGCUCCAAAACAACGACACCUGCAGCAUGCCAGGCCUCACCUGCUUCACCCAUGACAACCAUCACUGGCAGACAGCCCCCUUCUGGACAAUGGGUCCAUUCUGUGCGUGCACCAGUGCCAACAAUAACACCUAUUGGUGCCUAAGGACCAUCAAUGACACACACAACUUCCUGUUCUGUGAAUUUGCUACUGGUUUCCUGGAGUAUUUUGACCUCAACACUGACCCAUACCAGCUGAUAAAUGCUGUCAGCACACUCGACCGCAAUGCUCUCAAUUCAAUGCAUCAACAGCUCAUGGACUUGCGGGGCUGCAAGGGACAUAAGCAGUGCAACCCAGAGAAGGGGGGAAAAGAGCGAAACUACUUCAGUGAAUACAGGCCAGUUCAUCGUCGAAAGAGGCCAAAAGUGAAGAAGCCUUCCUCCAAAUCGCUAGGGCAGAUUUGGGAAGGGUGGGUUGGUUAACCACCUGCAUCCCACAACCCACCACAUCGGCCUCCAGCGAAGGAAGGAGUAGGGGGAGAACAGGCAAACCCAAGGACCUUGAUUACACAUCGAUGGACCAUAACCCAAGAUACUACUUUACUCUAAUCUGGGUUUUAAUUCUGGAGAGAGAUGCUCUUCAUAACUCCCACCCAGGCAGCGGAGAUGCUGAGACUGAGAGAAAGACUCUCCAAUUGUCAAUUUUACCUUCGCACACAUUUCAUUCUCAUUUACAUCUUCUGUUACCCUCAGCUGCCAGGAACAUUAACAUCAACAGGAUGCUGUGAAUCAGGUGGGAUCGUUUGGUCUCCACGAGCCCUUCAGUCUAACAGUACUGCUUGUACAUAAUAUAUAUCAGCUUUAAUCGGCUUUCUUUCAUGUCAUAUGGGACUGGCUGGAAACAUGAGUUAAAUGUCACCUCUGCUGCUACACAAUGAUGUCAUGGUUUCAUGAUGUCCCUGUGGCACAUUAGUGCUCGGAGUAACAACAAGACAUAUUUUCUUUCUCUGCACAUGGAAGUGGUAUGAACUUUUAGACGACCAACGGUAACAAACUCUUCGCCGUGAUCUUUUGUAUUAUAGUUGAUCUUAACGCUGAUGAAUGUCCUUUAAUGAAGCAUCAUCUUCCUCAAAGCUGUGAGAUGUGAGGUGACUAGAGAUUGUCUGCCUUGAUCUGACCCCGUCCAGUGUCAGCCGCACCUCGAACAGGCCUACACUAACCACUAUCUUGUGAUACAAUCCAAACCUCCAGAACAUUUCACCCAUGGCAGAAUGCGUCAUUAGUGAAUGCCAUUAUUUUACUCCUUUGUAUUGUCAGUACCACACUGUAGAAGUAUCCAAAUAGUUUUGUUCAGCUUGCUAUACAUGGUGCUACAGGAUAACAAUACAGAAGUAAAAACCUUGCUGUACAGUACAGUAUGUAUUUGAAUGUAUGUUGUGCAAUUAAUAUAAAUGUUUACAAUAUUUUUUAUAAUACUGAAGAGGCAGACCUCAUUGUAUGAUAUGAGUUAAAUGACCUUAUAGGGAGAAAUGUAGCUUCAGAAAUUUCCUUGCCCGCAAUUUGUAUGUUUGUCCUCUCCUUAUUUACAUCAGAAAAGCACUUAAAGGGUUCACUGUGAACAGAUGCGCCAUGUACAUUUAAUGCAUAUAGUUUACUCUGUGCCAGAGGAACAACACAGCAGUGUAAUACUUAUUGAUGUGAAUUUAAGCUACCCGCCUUUGUUAGCUUCUUUGUUUGUUUUUUUCUUAGCAAAUAUUUCCAUAGACCUGAGUGCUGAUAGUAAUUGUGAAUAAAGUGUUGUUUGACCAUAAA